GGAUCUCAGGGGUGGUGUUCCUCCCAUUUUCGCGAAACCAGAAGCCUUUGGCGAGAAAGACGAUGAGCUCCGGAGAAGGGAAGAGCCGAGGAGCCAUGGCCGAUCCUUCGUCCCACCACCCUCAGCAAGCCCAGCCCCAGCCCCAACCCCAACCCCAACCCCUGCAGUUCCAGUCCCCUUACGGCACCUUCGGCGUCCCCGACUACUCCCAGCCCGCGAUCGGGUUCCCGCAGCCGGUCGCUCCUCCUGGCGUCGGCGUCGGCGUCGGCGUCGCCCCCUCCGCUCCAGCUUAUCCUCCUUAUUCCGCCGCCCCUCAGUAUUACGCCCAUGGCUACCAAGUCGUUCCAGGCUAUGCUGGAGUUGCUGAAGGACGGCCAUUAAGGUUGCGGCGUCUUCCCUGUUGUGGCCUGGGUCUUGGCUGGUUUCUGUUUAUCACUGGCUUCUUUCUUGCUGCUGUUCCUUGGUACAUCGGAGCAUUCUUUCUCCUCUUUGUUAGAGUUGACUACCGAGAGAAGCCAGGUUUUGUUGCUUGCACUAUCGCAGCUGUUGUUUUUGCAAUUGCGGUUAUUCUUGGGUUAACAAAAGAAACUGAUGCAUGGUGAUUGGUGUUCAAACCUCAGCUGGAUUUGGGUAAUCUAUGCCUUGUCCAAGCCUUGUAAUAGACAAAGUUGAUCAACCAAAAUAUGAAGAUGCUACAUCUCUUAUCUGGGCUUGUAAAUUUACUUCUGAUGAUCAAACUAUUUAUGUCUAUUAUUCA